AUGGCCAGCGGUAGGCCCCCAGAGUCGCAUCUAGCUGCUGGCCGCGAUGACGACCUGCUCCUUGGCUCUCCAAGUUCACCGUACAAUUCUGGCCAGCGACCACCUGUGAACGACGAACAUCUCUUAGAACACUUCAACAUCGACGAUUCCGACCAACCAUCGCAGCCACGUCCUUCCGUCUCCUAUGAUAGUUUUGUCGGCACUGGAGUCCACCAAGCUGGAGCCCAUAGCAAUGUAGCUUCUGGCCCUGCGCACAUCGGCGCGGGCGGCGGCGUGUACAGCCAUGAUCCCUACUCCGAUAUCCCAAGGAACCGCACCUAUUCCCAGACCUCCGGACUAGACAACUACCAGCGAUACUCUUACGAUGGCGACGAACUAGACUCCCACUCCAUAGGUGGUUACUACGACCUCGAUGCAGAUGAAGAUCGCAUCGCAAGCACCCAUCAUGCAAUGAAAGCAAAAGAGCGGAAUAGCAUUAUGGGUCUGGGGGGCGGUUUCAUGGGCAAGGCAAAAUACAUGUUUGGUAUGGGAUCGGAGUAUUCCGAAAUGGAUCUUCCUUUGACAGAAGCGGGCGCACGAAGAGCGGCGACUGCGGAUAGCGCAGAUGGGGGUAGCAUGCCAAAGACAAAGAAGCGGACCGGCGCGUCGGGCUUCAAGUCCUUCUUUGGCAGGAAGGUCGAUCCAGCGACUCUUGGUCCUCGCAUCAUCCAGGUCAACAAUCCCCCUGCGAACGCCGUCCAUAAGUUCCUCAGCAACCACGUGUCAACUGCAAAGUACAACAUCAUCACCUUCCUCCCGAAAUUUAUUUUCGAACAAUUCUCGAAAUACGCCAACUUGUUCUUCUUGUUCACCGCCGUUCUUCAGCAAAUCCCUAAUGUGACGCCCACGAACAGAUACACCACCAUCGUGCCUCUAGCCAUCGUUUUAGCCGUGUCCGCUAUCAAGGAACUGGUCGAAGAUUACAAGCGACGAAUGUUGGACAGGGGAUUGAACUCUUCAAAGACGCAAGUUCUCAAGGGCUCCUCAUUUCAUACGGCGAAAUGGGUGGAUGUCUGCGUUGGCGACAUCGUUCGCGUUGAGUCAGAAGAGCCCUUUCCCGCCGACCUGAUCCUUCUAGCUUCUUCCGAACCAGAGGGCUUAUGUUAUAUCGAGACUGCGAAUCUGGACGGCGAAACCAACUUGAAGAUCAAACAAGCCAUCCCCGAAACCUCUCAACUUGUUAGCCCGAGUGAUCUGAGUCGCGUGAGCGGACGCAUUCGAUCCGAACAGCCCAAUAGCAGCCUGUACACCUACGAGGCCACCUUGACAAUGCAGGCUGGAGGAGGAGAAAAGGAGCUCUCUUUAGCACCCGAUCAGUUGCUGCUUCGUGGCGCGACCCUUCGAAACACUCCUUGGAUUCACGGUAUUGUUGUUUUCACUGGUCAUGAGACCAAGUUGAUGCGCAAUGCGACAGCAACUCCGAUUAAGCGUACUGCUGUGGAACGAAUGGUGAACCUUCAGAUUCUCAUGCUGGUGGGUAUUCUCAUUGCGCUCAGCGUUAUUAGUUCCAUCGGAGAUUUGGUUAUUCGUCAAACUCUGUCUGAUUCUUUGACCUAUCUUGACUAUGGGUCUGUCAACGCCGUGAAGCAAUUCUUCCUGGAUUUAUUCACUUACUGGGUUCUCUACUCCAACCUGGUCCCGAUCUCGCUCUUUGUAACCAUUGAAAUCGUGAAGUAUUUCCAAGCGCACCUGAUCAAUUCUGACCUGGAUAUCUACUACGAUAAAACGGAUACUCCUGCGACAUGCCGGACUUCGUCACUAGUCGAAGAACUUGGUCAAAUCGAGUAUAUCUUCUCUGACAAGACUGGUACUUUGACCUGCAAUCAAAUGGAGUUCAAGCAGUGUACCAUUGCAGGUAUUCAGUAUGGUGACGAUGUUCCGGAAGAUCGACAAGCCACUCCUGGACAGGGCGAAGGUGAAUUUGGGAUUUAUAGUUUCAAGACACUUCAGCAAAAUCUGCAGUCGCAUCCAAGUCAGGGUGCGAUUCACCAGUUCCUCACUCUCCUCGCUACCUGUCACACUGUUAUCCCCGAACGCAAUGGGACAAACCCGGACGACAUCAAAUACCAGGCCGCCUCGCCCGACGAGGGGGCUCUGGUGGAUGGCGCAGCCUCUUUAGGUUAUCGAUUCACCAAUCGAAAACCAAGAUCCGUCCUGUUCACCGUGGCUGGCCAAGAAUACGAGUAUGAGUUACUGGCGGUGCUUGAGUUCAACUCAACCCGAAAGCGUAUGUCGACCAUCUUCCGGUGCCCUGACGGCAAAAUUCGCGUCUACUGUAAGGGCGCCGAUACUGUGAUCCUUGAGCGACUCCACCCAGAAAACCCCGCAGUCGAAACUACUCUCCAGCACCUUGAAGAGUACGCUUCCGAGGGUCUGCGGACGUUGUGUCUGGCCGUGCGCGAGGUCUCCGACCAGGAAUUCCAGCAAUGGUAUCAAAUUUUCGACAAAGCCAAUACCACUGUCGGUGGAAACCGUGCAGACGAGUUGGAAAAAGCCGCAGAAUUGAUUGAAAAAGACUUUUACCUGCUUGGUGCGACCGCUAUUGAGGAUCGUCUGCAAGACGGUGUACCUGAAACCAUCCACACCUUGCAGACUGCUGGUAUCAAGAUCUGGGUUCUUACUGGUGACCGACAAGAGACUGCUAUCAACAUUGGUAUGUCUUGCAAGUUGAUCUCAGAAGACAUGACACUCCUUAUCAUCAAUGAGGAAUCGGCGGAGGCUACACGUGCCAACUUACAGAAGAAGCUGGAGGCAGUGAAAAGCCAAGCUGGAUCCGGUGAUAUUGAAUCACUAGCUCUGAUCAUCGACGGUAAAUCUUUGACAUAUGCGCUUGAAAAGGAUAUGGAAAAGCUUUUCCUGGAUCUCGCCGUUUUGUGCAAAGCUGUCGUCUGCUGUCGUGUGUCUCCUCUCCAGAAGGCUUUGGUCGUUAAGCUCGUUAAGAGGCACUUGAAGUCUUUGCUGCUGGCAAUUGGAGAUGGUGCAAAUGAUGUUUCAAUGAUCCAAGCUGCCCACGUCGGUGUUGGUAUCAGCGGUAUGGAAGGUCUUCAAGCUGCACGAUCGGCUGAUGUGGCUAUCGGCCAGUUCCGCUUCCUUCGAAAGCUUCUCUUGGUCCAUGGAUCUUGGGCGUACUCCCGUAUAAGUCGAGUCAUCCUGUAUUCUUUCUAUAAGAAUAUCACGCUUUACAUGACACAGUUCUGGUACUCCUUCCAAAACGCCUUUUCCGGCGAAGUCAUCUACGAGUCCUGGACGCUAUCCUUCUAUAACGUCCUCUUCACAGUUCUCCCUCCAUUCGCCAUUGGGAUUUUCGACCAAUACAUCUCGGCGCGGCUGUUGGAUCGAUACCCUCAACUAUACCAGAUGGGCCAAAAAGGUCUCUUUUUCAGGACACAUAGCUUCUGGGCGUGGAUCUUGAACGGCUUUUACCAUUCUCUGCUUCUCUACAUCUUCUCUGAAUUGAUCUUUUUAUGGGAUCUUCCAAUGGCUGAUGGUAAGGUUGCCGGUCAUUGGGUCUGGGGCGAAGCUUUGUACACCGCCGUGCUCGCAACCGUCCUUGGCAAAGCCGCUCUCAUCUCAAACAUCUGGACCAAGUAUACUUUCAUCGCUAUCCCGGGUUCCAUGCUGAUUUGGCUGAUCUUCUUACCCUCCUACGGUUAUGCCGCGCCAGCUCUGGGAUUUUCGACUGAAUACUACGGCACCAUCCCUGUCCUCUUCAAAUCUCCGAUUUUCUACCUCAUGGCUGUCGUCCUGCCUUGUCUUUGCCUGGUUCGCGACUAUGCCUGGAAGUACGCCAAGCGCAUGUACUACCCCCAGCACUACCACCAUGUGCAGGAGAUCCAAAAAUACAAUGUCCAGGACUACCGUCCACGGAUGGAACAGUUCCAGAAGGCCAUUCGCAAAGUGCGCCAAGUUCAGCGCAUGCGCAAGCAACGUGGCUAUGCCUUUUCGCAGGCUGAUGAUGGUGGCCAGAUGCGCGUCUUGAAUGCCUACGACACCACCCAGGGCCGUGGACGCUAUGGUGAAAUGGCCAGCUCCCGGCAGCCAGGGUUAUGA